CCGAAUCCACGGACUGAAUGAUGCUCGCGGAGCGUGUCCGCGCUCCCCCGGCAGCAGCAGCAGCAUGUCCACAGUAAUGAGUGGCUUAUUGAAUAUGGCGAGUCUCGCGGAUUUCGAGCCGCUCGCAGCGGUGAUUCCCGCCACGAAAGUUGAGAUCACUGUGUCGUGCAGAAACCUCUUGGACAGAGACACCUUCUCAAAAUCUGAUCCAAUUUGUGUGCUGUACACUCAGACUGUGGCAAACAGGGAGUGGAGGGAGUUUGGCAGGACAGAAGUCAUUGAUAACACGCUGAAUCCAGACUUUGUGCACAAAUUCAUCCUCGAUUACUUCUUUGAAGAGAGACAAAAUUUACGUUUUGACCUGUAUGACCUCGACUCAAAGAGUGAAAACCUGUCCAAACAUGACUUCCUGGGCCAGAUGUGCUGUACUCUCGGAGAGGUGGUGGGCUCUCAGGGUAGUCGUAUGGAAAGAUCGCUUGUAGGCAUUCCUGGCAAGAACUGUGGAAUUAUUAUUGUGAAAGCUGAAGAACUUGGAAAUUGCAGGGAGUCAGUAUUGAUGCAGUUUUGUGGCAACAAACUGGACAAGAAAGAUUUCUUUGGAAAGUCAGACCCUUUCUUGGUCUUUUACCGUAGCAAUAAAGAUGGAACGUUUACCAUCUGUCAUAAGACGGAGGUGGUUAAAAACACGCUGGACCCUGUAUGGCAAGCCUUCAAGAUCCCAGUCAGAGCACUGUGUAACGGGGACUAUGACAGAGCAAUAAAAAUCGAAGUGUAUGACUGGGACAGAGAUGGAGGUCAUGACUACAUUGGCGAGUUCAGCACCAGCUACAGGGAGCUCUCUAAAGGCCACUCUCAGUUUACUGUAUGGGAGGUGCUGAACCCCAAGAAAAAGAAAAAAAAGAAGAAAUAUCUAAAUUCAGGAACCGUCACUCUGCUGUCCUGCUUCAUUGAUGUCGAGGUUACAUUUCUGGACUACAUCAAAGGAGGCACUCAAAUUAACUUCACAGUGGCCAUUGAUUUUACUGCAUCAAAUGGCAACCCUUCCCAGCCUACCUCUCUACACUACAUGAGCCCGUAUCAUCUGAAUGCGUAUGCACUGGCCCUCAGAGCCGUGGGGGAGAUUAUUCAGGACUAUGACAGUGAUAAGCUGUUCCCUGCACUGGGGUUUGGUGCAAAACUGCCACCCGAUGGCCGCAUAUCUCAUGAAUUCCCCUUGAACGGGAACCCAGAAAACCCAUACUGCAGUGGGAUAGAGGGCGUUCUAGAGGCGUAUUAUCAGAGUCUGAAGUCUGUUCGUCUCUAUGGACCAACAUACUUCUCACCUGUCAUUAAUCAUGUAGCAAGAUAUGCUUCAUUAGUAAAGGAUGGCUCCGAAUACUUCAUCCUCCUCAUCAUCUCUGAUGGGGUCAUCUCAGACAUGGCUCAGACGAAAGAAUCCAUCGUAAACGCCUCUAGUCUUCCGAUGUCAAUUAUCAUCGUUGGGGUCGGGCCAGCUGAGUUUGAUGAGAUGAUUGAACUAGAUGGAGAUGAAGUCAGGAUAUCAUCCAGGGGUCGCUUUGCGGAGAGAGACAUCGUGCAGUUCGUUCCUUUCCGAGACUACAUCGAUCGCAGAGGGAAUCACAUCCUCAGCAUGGCCCGUCUAGCCAAAGACGUUCUUGCGGAAAUCCCCGAUCAGUUCCUCCAGUACAUGAGGAGCAGAGGCAUCAAAGCCCAGCACUCGUCCCACUCCAGCUCGUCCAAACCCCCACCGACACUCGUCCACCCCGUCCAGCCGCUGCAGACGCAGAUCUGAGCCAUCCGUCGUCCUCUCUCAG